AUGUCUGACUUUAAAUCUAGUUUCCAAUCUCAAUUCAAACAGUUUGAUCAACAAUUUGCCCAAAAUGCAUUUCUUGGAAAUUUAGAAACGAAGACUAAAAUUCCAAGAUCCUAUUUGAUCUCCGCAUUCACAUUUAUUUACCUGUUGCUAACUUUCCUAAACAUUGGUGGUAUUGGUCAAAUUUUAUCAAAUUUUGCUGGGUUUGUUUUACCUACCUAUUUUUCGAUCCAAGCUAUUAAAACAACUACAAAAGAUGAUGAUAUGAAACUAUUAUCCUACUGGAUCAUUUUUGGGUUUCUAAAUGUUAUUGAGUUCUGGUCAGGUGCCAUUAUUUACCUAAUCCCCUUUUAUUGGUUCCUCAAAGUUAUAUUCUUAGUUUAUAUUGCUAUUCCAUCAACUGGUGGUGCUUUCAUGAUUUGGAGCAAGGUUAUUGAACCAUUCUAUGACCAAUUCCUUGCAAGUAGAGCUAAUAAAGCAGCUAACAACUUGAAACAAUCUGUUGAAAAUGCUAGCGCUUCGAUCGCUACAGGUAUCUCUAGACACUAA